AUGAGAAGAACAAUGGAAGUGGAAGAAUAAAAUUUUGAAGCUGAAGAAUGGGGGAUUGCCCAGUAAAUGCAAAGAAUCCUGGGAGAAAUUCACUACCUUAUGUAGGAGCAAAUUCUAGCCAUUGAAUAUUAUUCAAGCUAGCGCAAAAUUUAUUAUCAAGUCAAAGAUAAUUUAGAAAAGAAAGAAGAUAGCAUAAAUACAAGACUGGAAAAUUAUAAAUAACUUCACCAAUAAUAUAUUGGAGUGAAAUAAAUUUAUCAUUAAAUAUUGCUCUUUACUAAAGAUAAAAAAAUGCUUAACUAGAGAAUCUAAAAAGUAGGAUAUAAAGAGUAGCAUUUUUCAUUAGAUAAUCCAUAAAAUUAUGAAAUUGAGGAAGUGAAAGAUCCCAAAUAUUUAAAGGAUAAAGAAAAUUAGAUAAUAUAUUUAAGGAGAAUUGAUUACAAAUGGUUUUUUAUUCGCAUAAUCAAGAAUUAUGAAUUUACCAAAUACUUGAACGCAACUAACAUCUUGGAUAUUGAAGCAUUUUUAUGUGAUGGAUCUUAGAAAAUGGAAAAGUAGGAUCAUUAACAUGAACUUGAAAUUAUGAAAUCAGUCAAUUUAUGGUUUAAAUAAUUGAUAUUUAAUGUCUAAAAUAGAAAGGUAUACAAAAAAUCAUUAACAGAAAUAAUUCAAUAUAUUGAAGAAACCAUUAAGAUAUUGUUUAAAGGACUUAAAUGUUCGUCUUGUAACUAAGUAUUCAUUUAGACCGAAGAAGGUAAAUUUGUUCAGCCUUGUGUAAAAUUAAAUGAGACCGAUAAUUUGCAUCAUUAUUCUUGUUUAUUUAAUUGA